AUGAAUAAGAUUACUCUCUGUAUUCUCUUUGCUUUGGUUGUCUUGGUUGCUCUCGUUAGUGCCCAACAACAAGAAGAACAAUCCCCAGCUCAACUUUUGAGAAGUAUUGCUCGUAGAUUGUACCCAAAUUCUUCUGAUCGUCAAAUUGCCAAGAAAUUGUUCCCAGGUAUUAGAAAGUUGAAGAAACCAAGCACUGAUAAGUUGCUUAGUUUGAUUUCUGCUUUGAGUGAUUCCCAAUCUUUCGAUUGUGCUAGAUAUUGUGCUGGAAGUACUGGAGACUACAAGGUUUCUUGCUACCAACAUUGUCAACGUUAUAAUUUGUAA